AUGGAUACCAGUAAAGAUUACCUUCGUUAUGUAUAUGCAGGAAGGUGUAACAUUGUAGCUUCACAAAAUGGUAUGAUACAGUCAGUUGACAAGGUUCAUUGUGCUGUGAUAUCGGGUGAAGCUGUCACAAUUUUUAACUUGCGUACUUUGGAAAAGGUACGUUUGAGGAUUGAUUAAAGUAGUAUAUUUAUUGAUGUUGUUAAGUUUUUUAUUAACAUAUUAUAUUAUUUUUAGGCAGCGGAAAUUAGAAGGGAUGGGAAAGAAGUAACGGCUUUCAAGUUCAGUGACGAUAGGAAGAAGUUGGCCAUUGGCUACGCUGAUGGAGAAGUGCAUCUUUACAUGAAGAACAAAAGUGGUAGGUAGUUUGAUGAAUAUUGUCAUUUUUUAGGUUAUGAUGAGCCAAUUGUCUUCACUGGUCACAAAACUUCGGUGAACUGCAUAGCCUUCAGUCAGGACGGGUUUACAUUGGCAUCUGGAGGAAGAGAUUCUGUUAUCGUGCUUUGGGAUAUUCUUAACGAGUCUGGAUUGUAUCGUUUGAAUGGACACACAGCUACAAUCACUCAACUUCAGUUUACUCAAGACGACAAAUUCUUGAUCUCAAGGUAAGUUUUGUGAUCAAUACAUACAUUUUUGGGUAACAAAAAUUUGUGUUUGGGCAACAAUUUAUUAAAUCUUAUAAUUUAGCUCGAAGGAUACCCAAUUAAAGUUUUGGGAUUUGGAUUGUCAAUCAUGUUUCUACACGAUUGCUGACUGUUCUACUGAGAUCUAUGCAUUUUCUUUGUUGAAACAAGAUCGGCUAUUAAUUGUUGGAUCUGCUAACAUGGAGAUGGACGUGUAUGAAGUGACAUGGCUAGAGAAUAAAAAAGAAGGCGAAGAGGAAGAAGAUGAAAACACUGAAGAACCUAAUGCUAAGAAAACAUUGUUAAUAGGAUCAGACGCAUUUAAUGAAGAGAAUGAUCAAGGAAACGAGGUGGUUAAGAUUAGAAAACGAGGACAUUUAAUUAGGAAGGCUAAAGGAAAGGCUUUACAGUUAGUAGCUACUGCUGACGAGGCUUUACUGUGUUGUUUGGUAAGUUACUGAUGUAGUGUGUUUAUUCUUUAGGGAUCUGACACGCUAAUUGAUGUGUUCCGUGUGUUCACAACAGACGAAUCCAAGAAAAGGCUAAAGAAGAAACUAAAUCAUGCCAAGAAACAAGAAGGGUAUGUUUUAUUUCUGUUACGUCAAUCGUUUACAACUUUGUUGAUGCUUAAUUUAUUAACUUUUUACGUUUUAGUACAAACAAGAUGACAGAGAACGAGGUAUCACGAGAUCUGUCAAUUCUUCUUCAACAUGUUGGAACUGUCGAGACGGCCUUUAAAGUGAAAUGGGCCGAUUUUUCAUCUCAAAUUAAGACAUCUGAUGACAAAAGAGAAUACCGUCUAUUCACGUUACUCAAGAAUAAUACUGUUCAUGGCCAUUUGGUAGACUUGGGUGUGAAAACUAAUGUAAUUGAAUCAGAGGCUGCUGUAUCUUUGGAUCAGGUAAUUUACAUAUUUUUGUUACAAUUUAGGUAUCUUUUAUAAAAUUAUGAAAUAAAAUUUUAUUUUGUAAAAUACAGGCUAGUUAAUUUAGCGAGGGCACCGAACAGAUAUCCGAGCAUUAGCUGUAACGUCCAACAAUGCUGCCUUUGUUUCUGCGUCUUCAGAUUCUGCCAUCUUAUGGGAUAUGUCAUCGUUGAUGCCGGUCAAUACUUUCUCAGAUCCUCAGAUGAGAGAUGUUACUAGUGCCAUCUUUUCUCCUAAUGACAAACAAGUCAUCUUUGGUACAAAAGAUGGAUCUUUGUUCUUGUUUGAUGUGCCUACUUGUGCAUUAUUAGAUACUUUGAUUAAAGUACACGAAGGAGCUAUCUUUAGCUUAAAGUCUUUACCUAACGGCCAUGGUUUCGUAUCUGCUAGUGCUGACAAAAAGGCUUUGUUUUGGAGAUAUUCAACUAUUACUGAAUUCGAAAGGUAAUUGUUUGUAAUUUCAAAAUGAAUAGCGGAAUAAUUACGAUAAUUUAUAUCAAAAUUAUUGAUUACGGUAAUUUAUAAACGAAUAUUCCAGAAAACGCCUGACAUUCAGACAAGAACGAUCUUUAGAGCUGCCAGAUGAAAUAUUGUCUAUGUGUAUUUCCCCAAAUUUUAAAUUUAUUGCCUUUGGACUACUGGACAAUACGGCGAAGGUCUACUUCUUAGACAAGUUGAAGUUCUUCGUAUCUUUGUAUGGUCAUUCCCUGCCCGUCACUUGUUUGGAUAUUAGCCCAGAUAGCAAAUUGAUAGCUACUGGCUCAGCUGACAAAAGUGUUAAGAUUUGGGGAUUGGACUUUGGAGAUUGUCAUCGUUCUUUGUUUGCUCAUGAUGAUACGUAAGUAUUUCACAUUAUAAUUCAUUAGGUUUUUAGUGUAACAUGCGUUUUGUUUAACAAAGAUGUGGAAGAACAAUUGAUUUGGUCAGCUGGAAAAGAUGGGCUGAUCAAGCAGUGGAACGCCAAGAAGUUUGAUCAAGUUCAAGUUUUGGAUGGACAUUUUGGUCCCAUUAGGGUUAUUGCGUCUACGUCUGAUGGUGCCACUUUGGUAGGUUUUAUCGUAAUUUUUUUUCGAAACUAUAAAAUUAAAACUUACGUUUUAGAAAUAACAAAAGUUAAAUUUACUAUUUAGAUAUCAGCAUCGCACGACAAAGCAAUCAAGCUGUGGGAGUUGAGUGAAGAGAUUAUAAAGCCGGCUGAAGAAGAAGAGAGACUCAGAGAAAAAGAGGAUCUGGAGAAGAUUGUUGAUGCAGAAGACAUCGUACCAGGCGAGAAUCCUGCUAACAGUGUUUCAAUGGCCGCCAAGAAGAAUAUCAGCUCGGUAAAAGGAGCGGAAGGCAUUCUUGAAGCCGUCGAAAUCUACCGUGAGGAAAUCUUACUGAAGAAACAAGAUCCAAAGCACAGGCCUCAUACUCUGGUCCAAGCUUACAACAGUCCAUCAUUAGAUCACUUUAUUCUUGAUGCCAUUUCCAAAAUAAGUUCUGCACAUCUUGAACGGAGUUUGUUGUUGGUACCGUUUGACUUUGUGGUUGACAUCUUGAGUGCUUUGAACAAAUGUGUAUCAGCACAUUACAGGCUGGAGUUGGCAUCGAGGGUUAUUCUGUUCUUGUACAAGUAAGUUUAUAUUAUGUUAAAUUAAACUUUAUACGUUUUGUGAGUUACAUAACUAAUACAAUUGUUAAACUAACGAUAACUUAUUUUAAGGGUAAAUCUGAAUCAGCUGACCUCACAGAAAGAAUUGUUGCCAUUCUUAUUGAGCAUCCAAAAAACUCUUCCUCGCGACAUAAAGGAAUCCUCGGUAAGUUUUUGACAAUUCAAUAUUAAUCUCCCAAAGUUUAAUUAAUCUCAGUAAAGUUUAGUCUUAAGAUUUGACUAAUCCAUGGAUGUUUAUAGGACAUGGUCAACUUCAACUUGGCUGCCCUUAGAUUGCACAAGGCAUCAAUAGAAGACCGCACACAGAUAAAGUUGUUCAGGAACGUUGAGAAAACGAAAAAAACCAAAAAAGCGAUUGUGAAGCCCGUGGUUUUGUGA